CCCUAACAACGACUACAACCCGUUCCGGCCGGACGGCGACCUCUCUCACGAGGCUGAUGACAUCAUAGAAGCCAUCAGGCUCGGGCGGCCGCUCUCGCCGACGACGACCGAGGCGCCCUCUGUCGAGGAGGAGAUCGCGCGGAUCGACGUCGCGCGCGUGAACGCGGCGCCACCUGGCGGCCGCGACGAGACGGACGCCGCGCAGCAGAUGCCGCCGCAGAACGCGGUGUCCGUCGCCAACUCGAAGCCGGCGGAUGUCGCCGUGGUGACGACGCCGCCGAAGGUCGCGACCCCGCCGCCGAAGGUCGCGCCGCCGGAGGACGGUCAGACGGUCGAGGUGCAGGCGGGCGUGGUGGUGCCCCCUAGUGACGGAGUCGUGCAGGCCGAACACGUGACAAUCGAGAAGAAGAAGAAGUGCUGCGGCGGCUGCGCGAUCUUGUAG